AUGCUUCGAAACACAGCAAACGCGGCUCGCAAAGCCGUGACGGAGCUGGCGCAAUACCCCAAGCCUGGUGAUUCGCUUCAUGGCUUCAAACUCCUUCGCUCCAAACAUAUUCCGGAACUGGAAUUGACUGCUCUGCACCUGCAGCAUGAGAAGACGGGUGCCGACUACCUUCACAUUGCUCGCGAAGACAGCAACAAUGUCUUCUCCAUUGGGUUCAAGACCAACCCGCCGGAUGAUACUGGCAUCCCCCAUAUCCUGGAACACACAACGCUCUGUGGAAGCGAGAAAUAUCCUAUUCGGGAUCCCUUCUUCAAGAUGCUUCCACGAACGCUCUCCAACUUUAUGAAUGCAUUUACUGCGUCUGAUCAUACAUUUUACCCCUUUGCCACAACAAACGCUCAGGAUUUCAAGAACCUCAUGUCGGUCUAUCUCGACUCUACGCUGCACCCGCUGCUUAAGAAGUCCGACUUUACGCAAGAGGGAUGGCGCAUUGGUCCGGAGAACCCGCUGGCCGAGGACAAGGAAAGCAAGAAGCUCGUAUUCAAAGGUGUGGUUUACAAUGAAAUGAAGGGCCAGAUGUCCGAUGCUGGCUAUCUGUAUUACAUCCGUUUCCAGGAUUAUAUUUUCCCCGAUAUCAACAACUCUGGGGGAGACCCGCAGAAGAUCACCGACCUUACCUACGAGCAACUGAAGAACUUCCAUGCCAAGCACUACCACCCGAGCAACGCCAAAAUCUUUAGCUAUGGAGACAUGCCUUUCGCCGAUCACUUGAAAGAAGUCGAUACUCGUCUGCAAGCAUUUGAAAAAAUCCACGUGGAUGGAGAGAUCCAUGAACCUGUCGAGUUGAAGGGACCCAGCGAGGUUACGCUUAACGGGCCGUUGGAUCCUUUAGUUGAUGCGGAUCGCCAGUUCAAGACCUCUGUGUCGUGGAUCACCGGAGACACCACUGACGUUGUGGAGUCGUUUUCGGUUGCUCUGCUCUCAACACUGCUCAUGGAUGGAUAUGGCUCGCCUCUUUAUCGAGGUUUGAUUGAAGCUGGAAUGGGCGCUGAUUGGAGUCCAAAUGCCGGAUAUGAUAGCUCCGCGAAGCGUGGCAUCUUCUCCAUUGGUCUGACUGGUGUGCAGGAGGCAGACGUCCCGAAGCUGAAGGGUAAGGUGCAGGAAAUUCUCCGGGAAGUUCGAGACAACGGCUUCGACCAGACAAAGAUCGAUGGCUCUUUGCACCAACUGGAGUUGUCACUCAAGCACAAGACAGCGAACUUUGGAUUUUCCAUGCUCAACCGGAUCAAGCCCAAAUGGUUCAAUGGUGUUGACCCCUUUGAUUCUCUCGCAUGGAGGGACACUGUCACGAGCUUUCAAGAAAAGCUGGCUCAGGGAAAGUAUCUCGAGGGACUCAUUGACAAGUACUUCCUAAACGACAACACCUUCACUUUCACAAUGGCGCCAUCUACAACUUUCAGCGAGGAGCUGGUCAAGGAGGAGCAAGACCGUCUGGCCACCAAGAUUAACCAAGCGGUGGAGGAGGCUGGCAGCGAAGAUAAGGCCCGGGAGAGGUUUGAGAAACAGGAGCAGGAUCUGUUGGUGGAGCAGAAUAAGACCAACACGGAGGAUCUGAGCUGCUUGCCAACCGUCUACGUCAAGGAUAUUCCACGGUCCAAAGACUCUGCCGUGUUGCGUGAUGAUGCGGUCGAAAGCGUCCCCAUUCAAUGGUACGAGGCGCCCACAAACGGCCUCACCUAUUUCCGAGCCAUCAACACAUUGGAAAAUCUGCCAGAUGAUUUGAGGCAGCUGAUUCCUCUCUUCACUGACAGCAUCAUGCGUCUCGGGACCAAGGAUAUGACAAUGGAGCAGUUGGAGGAUCUGAUCAAGCUAAAGACUGGUGGAAUCUCCGUCGGAUACCACUCAACACCUUCUCCCACAGAUUUCCAGGCUUCCAGUGAAGGGAUUAUCCUCACUGGUAUGGCUUUGGAUCGAAACGUCCCCGCCAUGUUUGACUUACUAAGGAAGCUUAUUGUGGACACCGACUUCGACAGCCCAGAGGCGGCACUGCGAAUCAGGCAGCUGCUGCAGGCGUCUGCCGAUGGUGUGGUUAACGACAUCGCAUCGUCUGGGCAUCGCUUCGCUAUGGGAUACGCUGAAUCGACACUCGUUCGCAGUGCUUGGCUGAGGCAGCAAGUCUCGGGUUUAUCACAGGUGAAACUGAUUACCUCCCUAGCUAGUCGGCCCGAGUCGGACCAAUUUGAGGACGUCAUUGCAAAGCUUAAGCAGAUCCAAGGCUUUGCCCUGACGGGCGGGAAACUGCGAACAGCUAUUACCUGCGGCGCGGAAAGCUCCAGCAGUAAUGCGGCCUCUCUUCAAAAGUUCCUCAGCAGCUUCCCUGGGGGUGCUUGGGCUCCCCCAACACAGACGCCACAGCCACUUCCUCGGGAUAGCAAGACUUUCUUCCCUCUUCCAUACCAGGUCUACUACGGAGGUCUUUCUAUCCCAACCACCUCGUAUACCUCAGCAGACGGCGCCCCCUUGCAGAUCCUUUCACAGCUUCUCACGCACAAGCAUCUUCACCACGAGAUCCGCGAAAAGGGUGGCGCUUAUGGAGGUGGGGCGUACUCGCGUGCGUUGGAUGGUCUCUUCGGUUUCUACUCGUACAGAGACCCGAACCCGCAGAACACGCUCGGCAUCAUGCGUAAUGCAGGACGCUGGGCAUCGGAGAAGCAGUGGUCUGACCGUGACAUUGAAGAAGCCAAGAUCUCCAUCUUCCAGAGCGUCGACGCGCCAAAGGCCGUCAACUCAGAAGGCAUGGGCAAAUUCUUGUCCGGUAUCACGAAUGAGAUGCGACAAACUAAGCGAGAACAACUCCUCGAUGUGACGAAGGCGCAGGUCCAAGAGGUAGCAAACAAGUACCUUGUCGAAGCCAUUGAAAAGGGAGAGGAGCGGACCGCAUUCCUGGGCGAGAAGCAAGAUUGGGUUGACGGCAAGUGGAUCGUCAAGGAAAUGGAUGUCAGAGCUGAGUAG